CCAUUGCAACAACGUCAACUAACAACAUAAUAUAAUAGUAUACAAUACCCYGUGAUUAUUAAUAAUAAAAAUUCACACACGGAGAGAGAGGAAGGUUUUCGAUUAUUUAUUUCGGCCACUAUCACUAACAUCCUGUGAUAUUAUUAUCAUCUCGUCCGCGUUAUCAUCGUCGUUUUUAUUAUUGUUUUCACUACGCCGUUUCCCGAUCGCACUACGGUACUGCUGAUACCGAGUACCGACGACUACAACUGCGGUACAACUGCAGGCUACAGAGUUUUGCUCUCGGCGAUGCUUAUCCUUUACAUGCUGUACCAAGAUCGCAUACUUGCCAGGGUGGUCAUCCUUUUGCUACUGCUGAUGCUCAUGUUUUUCGUCGACUUUUACGUGAGCCACCGCAGUCAAAACUUCUUCAAGUCGUUGAGCAAUAGAUUCAACCUCAUCAAAAGUUGAACGCCACACUGCAGCUAUGGACGAUACGCCGACGACGUCUUCCGAGGACGACGCAAAAGUGUUGUUUCGCAAGGGAGUCGACUACGAACGGGAGGGUUUCCACUACAAGGCGACGCGUUGCUACAAGCAAGCGCUGAAGUUAGACCCUGAUGUUGAGAAAAAAAUUGCAGAUGAAGAGUUUGUUGCACGCUCUAUGGAUACAACUGCAGAUGAAAAUAAUGCAAGCGAUGACACAAUCGAAGACGAAUAUGAUAACAAAGAAAACCUUUUCUUGAGAUUUCAGAGAAUAAUGGGACCUCUAAUAUGCUUUCCAGCACGUGCUCAACUAACCACUCAUUUUUCAGCACUUCCUCCUGAGCUCAUUAUAUAUAUAUUUAGGUGGGUUGUAUCUUAUGAUCUUGAUCUACGUAUGUUAGAGCAGUGUGCAGCUGUUUGUCGUGGUUGGUACUUGUGUGCAAGAGAUCCCGAAUUGUGGCGUCGAGCAUGUUCCAAGUAA